GGAAGUGGUUGCGUAUAACAAAUCUGCGUUUUUUUAUUGUGCGGAAUACCGUUUGAUACAAAUCUACAUUUAUAUGAUCGUGUUCAGUGUCAGGUAUUUUUAUACGUUGUGGGUUUUUUUUCGCUGUUUUUGUUUGUUUGUUGGUUUUUCUGUCUUAGUUCUAUUUCGUAGUUUCCAGUUACACAGUAACAGUUUGCAUCGUUCUAAUUAGCUCCUUAAGCUAGCCUCUAAACCAGCUAAGGAGAGACCGUAUGCAUCAUGUUGGUGCCGAUAUUCACUCUCAAGUUAAACCACAAGAUAAACCCUCGCAUGGUGACUGUAGGAACAUUUGAUGGCGUCCACCCUUGCCUCACUGCAGCCACACAAGCUGGAAAGGUUUUUAUUCACAACCCUCACACCCGUGGUCAAAAACCUUCAUCUCACCGACUGAGCCAAAGCGCUCAGGAUUCGGACAUCUCUCUCCUCAACAUCAACCAGGCAGUCACUUGUCUGACUGCAGGAAGUCUGGGUACAAAGACUGCCGGUGACACACUGUUGGUGGGAUCUCAGACCAAUCUGCUGGCUUAUGAUGUCCAUGACAAUACCGAUAUAUUCUACAAAGAGGUGUCUGAUGGGGCCAAUGCAAUCGUCCUGGGGAAACUUGGAGACAUCCCGAAUCCUCUUGCCAUCAUCGGAGGGAACUGUGCCUUACAAGGUUUUGAUUCCCUGGGCAAUGACCUCUUUUGGACGGUAACAGGAGAUAAUGUAAGAUCCCUUGUCCUCUGUGACUUCACUGGAGAUGGCAAAAAUGAGCUCCUGGUUGGAUCUGAGGAUUUUGACAUCAGGGUUUUCAAAGAGGAUGAGCUUGUGUCUGAGAUGACUGAAAACGAGACAGUAACAGCUCUUUGUCACAUGCACAGUAGUCGGUUUGGUUACGCCCUGGCAAAUGGCACUGUGGGAGUCUAUGAUCGCAAUUCUCGGUACUGGAGGAUCAAGUCUAAAAAUCAUGCAAUGAGCAUCCACGCCUUUGACUUGAACGCUGAUGGAGUUGUGGAGCUGAUCACUGGCUGGUCCAAUGGAAAGAUUGACGCUCGAAGCGACCGCACAGGCGAAGUCAUUUUCAGAGACAACUUCUCCUCCUCUGUGGCCGGAGUGGUGGAGGGAGACUACAGGUUGGAUGGGCAGAAGCAACUCAUCUGCGCCUCUGUAGAGGGAGAAGUUCGUGGCUACCUGCCUGCUGAAAAAGAGCUGAAAGGCAAUCUCAUGGACUCAAACGCUGAACAGGACCUCAUUCGAGAGCUCAGUCAUCGCAGACAGAAUCUUUUGCUGGAGCUCCGCAACUAUGAAGAGAAUGCAAAGGGCGGGUCGCACAGCGCAGGUGGGAUUCCGGCCAACACUCAGCUCCAAACGGCUCUCACGGUCAGAGCUGCAACGGAGGUCCAAAAAGCCCACGUGGAGCUCAGCAUCACAACACCAAAUGAAACCAUAAUCCGCGCAGUGCUCAUUUUUGCCGAAGGUAUUUUCCAGGGUGAGAGCCAUGUUGUUCACCCCAGUGUCCAGAACCUGUCAGGUUUUGUUCGAGUCCCCAUCAUUCCUCCCAAAGACAUCCCAGUCGAUCUGCACAUCAAAGCCUUUGUCGGUGGGAAAACCAGCACCCAGUUCCACGUGUUUGAAAUCACUCGACAGCUGCCCCGUUUCUCCAUGUACGACGUUACAGUCGACCCCUCGGCUCCUGCUCCCACCGGAAGAGUCACCUUCACCAUUAAUGAUCGGCCACAGCGGGUCGCAAUGUGGCUGAACCAGAAUUUCCUGCUGCCUGAGGGAGUAGAUAGUCCUGAUGUUACAUUUACUUCACUCCGGGGAGGGGGGCUCUUGUCCAUCCGUAUGACCUCUAAUGGACAGAUCACUCUGCAAACGGAUGAUAUCGACCUGGCGGGCGAUCUGGUCCAAUCACUGGCGUCUUUCCUGGCAAUAGAGGAACUGUCAGCGGAGGCCGACUUCCCAACUUAUUUUGAGGAUCUUCAGACCACACUCACUGAGGUUGAUGAGUUCCAUGCAGUUCAUCAGCGAUUAACCGCAGAAAUGGCUGAGCACUCCAACUUCAUCAAGAGCAUGCUGGUGCAAGCAGAAGAUGCUCGCUUGAUGGGUGACAUGACUUCAAUGAAAAAGCGCUACAGAGAGCUAUACGAUCUAAACAGAGACCUGGUCAGCGAGUACAAAAUUCGCUCUAAUAAUCACAAUGCGCUGCUGGCCUGUCUCAAGUCGGUCAACCAGGCAAUUCAGCGAGCUGGUCGACUCCGAGUGGGUAAACCCAAGAACCAAGUCAUCUCAGCAUGUCGGGACGCCAUUAAGAGCAAUAACGUCAGCGCACUCUUCAGGGUCAUGAGAGCUGGUGCGGCUGCCUCUUGAAAGUCUUGCAAGGCAGGCAACAGAGGCGAAGAGAGGAUCGCGACUGGAAAGCAUCCGUUUCAUCCUUCACCAGCACAACGAUGAGAUGACAACGGAUUGGAGGGUUUCCUUGGCGUGACAAUUUCAGCGCAAUCCAACAAAUGAUCCUGAAACUUGAAUAUAUGUCCAUGUCAGUCAAGUGCUGUGUGUAGCUAGCGUAGCUGCUUUUUAAACCAGGAGUUAGUUGUAUAUGAGACAGCAGCUGGAACCAUGUAAACGGUUCAACGUAGGAGACGGCUCGCGCGAGUUUUCAAGGAAUGACAUUUAUCAAGAAGCUCAGAAUUAAGCAUCACAAUGAUUUUUCAGAUUUGCAUUGUGCGAAAUGUUUUCAAGAUGCAAAUACAAUCAACGAACAAAAUAUUUAUGGGGGAGAUCUUUUCACGUGUCACCCCAAACGUUCCCAAUAUUUUAGUCAAGGGUGCAGAAAAUAAUCAAAGGAUCGAAAGCGUCCAGUCAGAUUGUAAUCCUGUAAAUGCAUCCCCAUUCUAUUUUUUUUUUGUUAUUCCAGCUCUACGACAACGUGCCAGUUGUCCCACGCAACUUUGAGGGGAUUUCAAAUUAAAAUGAGUUAUUCGAAUAGCUUUUAAAAGUCAUUAAUGAGUUAAGACGAAGGCCCGAGGAGUGUGCCAGGUCGUGUUGCACAUCUGUAAAAGAAAUGCUGAAUCAUGUAUGAGUAACCACAAAAAAAAAAGAAGGAAAAAAAAAAAGCAACCGCUGACUGUUUUGCUGACUCGGUAACAUUCUAAGACGAGGGAGAGAUCCGUUGGGAGCAAUGUUGUAGUUGUGUGUUUUAGCACUGUGUUUGUAGCCAAAGAAAUCACAUGACUUCACGUCGCAGAUGACCGCCGACGUGUUUACUUUUUCUAAAUGAGAACUUUGUCAUUGUUCCUUUUGUGAAGAUUAAAUGUUAAAAGU